AUGUCAACAGUGAAGACUUGUGCAAAAUAUGAAGUUUCACACUCAAAUCAUUGUUAUUAUCUCGAUGGUAGUGGUGGACAUUGUGCACGUGGUUAUAAGAGAGCAUCGGAAGCUGUUCUAAAAACAGUUGCAUCUAAAUUUAAAGGUAAAACAUAUAAAUCAAAAGUAAGUGAUAAUUGUUGUGUAUGGACAUCGAAUACAGAUGAAAAUUGGGGCAUGCCAGUUAGUAGCUGUAAUAUACCUGGUACAUUUCAAUCUGGGCCAGUACUUGGUGGUAGUGGUUGUACACAAGUACAGCAACACUAUCCAGCACAACUGACGUUUUGUGAAAGCAGUUAGAAAAGAAAAAAGUGAAGAAAAUGGCAAGAACUCCUUUGCUCUAAUCUUUUUUCUUUUUUAUUAAAAAUGUAAUUCUUAACCAGAAUUAAUUAAUAAAAGUACUAUGUUCAGCUAUUCUCUGUAUUAAAUGAACUGACAAGUGUAUAUCAAGUUUGCCAAUCUCUUAGAACUUCACAAAGAACAAAACUCUACGACAAGCAACAAUCGAGAGCUGUGGAAAUAAGAAACCUUUCGAUUAAGGUUUCAGUUUUUAAAAAUGGUGUGGGUGUGGGUGUAGAUUAGUGUCCGGCGUGACCAAAAAGUCGUGACCAAAGAAAAAAAAAGUU